AUUUUCCUGCUUUGCAUUUUGCAAGAAUGUUUGGCAUAAUCAAGAUCCUACUGCUCGCUUGCGCUUUGGCAAGCGUUCGUGGAAAGCUCAUCGGGCUCAGCUCAUCUUCGCACGUGGAUACCUGGUGGGAAUUCGAGGAGUGUCUAGGAAAAUGUGACUACGAUUACGAUUACGCCUUCAAUCCUUGCAUGCGCGAAUGUCUGGAGGAGCUGGAAGGCCUCAGGAAUACCGGCAUAUUGAAUCAUAUUUAAUACAUUUGUUUGAUGCUACUCUAAAUAUGCAUAAAAACGUUCAGAAAGUGCAA